CUAGACCGACUUGGAUCGGAAUAUGGCGGUUCUGAAUUUUUUGCCCUAAAAACGAAAAACCCUGAUAAGCCAUCCCCACAAUCCACACACAGCCCCGUCUCAGUGGAUCGACGGAGGCCUCAUUUCCGACGAACAAGUGAACGGAGAAGAAGGAAGCUUCCGAGAAAGCUAAGCUGCCAGUCUCGACUGAGUGAGGUUUUAGCUUCGUCAACUUAAACUGCUGGGUGAGUUAACUGGACCUGUUAAUUGCCUUCUCCCAUUGUUUGCAUCUGUUAUCUGUUUUUGCUUGUUCCUAAUUGAUACGCGCUCUCUUUCUUUCGUUUAGGGUUUGGGUUUCUUUCCGGGGAUUAUCUCUGCUGCUUGUCGAUCCUCUUCGGUUUUAAAGGUUAGGGUUUUCCUUGUUUUAUUGAGUUUUGGUUUUUUUCUUCUUCCUGCUUGCUGUUUUCUCAUCUGUUCCAGAUCCAACUGUUUCAGUUCCCCUGCAAUGGCUCACCUCGGUGGUGGCGCAGAAGCUCAUGCACGAUUCAAACAAUACGAGUACAGAGCUAACUCGAGUCUUGUCCUCACUACCGACUCCCGUCCCCGAGAUACACAUGAGCCCACGGGCGAGCCCGAGUCUCUCCACGGCAAAAUCGACCCCAGGAACUUCGGUGAUCGUGUCGAGAGAGGCAGACCACCUGAGCUUGAAGAGAAACUUAAGAAAGCGAAGAAGAAGAAGGAGAGGGACAACCAGUUUGAACCUGUUCCAAGCCGCCAAGCUAAACGUCGAAGAAUCCGGCAGGAGAGUGUACUCUCCGCAACCGAAGAAGGAGUCUACCAGCCCAAGACCAAGGAAACCAGAGCUGCAUAUGAAGCCAUGCUUAGUGCCAUUCAAUCCCAACUGGGUGGUCAGCCUCCUAAUAUUGUCAGUGCUGCUGCUGAUGAGAUUCUGGCUGUACUUAAGAAUGAGUCCUCGAAGACGACUGACAAGAAGAAGGAAAUUGAGAAGCUGUUGAAUCCAAUCUCCAGUGAUUUCUUUAAUAACCUGGUUACUCUUGGAAGUCUUAUCAAGGAUUACCAAGAUGGAGCUGAUGCUGGUGGACCUACUGCUGUUAAUGGUGAAGAUGCUCUUGAUGAUGAUGUAGGGGUGGCGGUUGAGUUUGAUGAAGACAAUGAGGAUGAGGAAGAAGAGAGUGAUCUUGAUAUGGUCCCAGAGGACGAAGAGGAUGACGAUGAUGAUGAUUUGGUUAAGCGUGAUCGUGGUGGGGCUAUGCAGAUGGGUGGUGCAAUCGAUGAUGAUGACGUGGGGCAGGCAAAUGAGGGUAUGAAUCUUAAUGUUCAAGAUAUUGAUGCUUAUUGGCUCCAGAGGAAGAUCUCCCAGGCUUUUGAACAACAGAUCGACCCACAGCAGUGUCAAACACUUGCAGAAGAGGUGCUAAAGAUUCUUGCUGAGGGAGAAAACCGUGAAGUUGAGAAUAAGUUGGUGUAUCACCUCCAGUUUGAGAAGUUCAGCCUUAUAAAGUUUCUCGUGCAUAAUAGGCUGAAGAUUGUGUGGUGCACCCGUUUAGUCCGUGCCAAGGACCAGGAAGAGAGAAACUACAUUGAGGAGGAAAUGACAAGGUCAGGUCCUGAUUUGGCUGCUAUUCUGCUGCAGCUUCGGGCGACCCGAGCUACUGCAAAAGAGAGGCAAAAGAAUUUGGAGAAAAGCAUAAGAGAAGAGGCUCGCAGACUGAAGGAUGGGACUGUUGGUGGUGAUGAUGAUAGGGAUGAAACUAUGCUUGUUGAGAGAGAUGCACACAGUAGUAGCUGGGUGAAGGGACAGCCGAAGUUGCUUGACCUGGAAAAUAUUGCUUUUGACCAGGGUGGUCUAUUUAUGGCAAAUAAGAAAUGUGACCUUCCAAACGGUUCUUACAGACAUCAGAGCAAGGGGUAUGAAGAAGUUCAUGUGCCGGCUCUGAAACCAAAACCUUUAGGUCCUGAUGAGAAGCUUGUUAGGAUAUCGGAGAUGCCGGAGUGGGCACAACCAGCUUUUAAAAAUAUGCAACAGCUGAACAGGGUGCAGAGUAAGGUCUAUCAGACGGCCCUUUUCGGUGCCGAUAAUAUUCUCUUAUGUGCUCCAACCGGUGCAGGAAAAACUAAUGUUGCAGUUCUCACUAUACUUCAGCAGCUUGGUAUUUAUAGGGACAAGGAUGGUUCAUUUGAUCAUAAUGGCUAUAAAAUAGUUUACGUGGCACCCAUGAAAGCUCUUGUGGCUGAAGUUGUUGGUAAUUUGUCGGAACGUCUGAAAGAUUAUGGGGUGAAUGUAAGGGAACUAAGUGGAGACCAGUCACUCACUCGUCAACAAAUUGAAGAAACUCAAAUAAUUGUAACAACUCCGGAAAAGUGGGACAUCAUUACCAGGAAGUCUGGGGAUCGCACCUACACCCGACUGGUUAAGCUCCUUAUCAUUGAUGAGAUCCACCUUCUUCAUGAUAAUAGAGGCCCUGUGCUUGAAAGUAUUGUUGCUAGAACUGUCAGACAGGUUGAGACAACGAGGGACCAUAUCAGGAUGGUGGGAUUGUCGGCUACUCUCCCUAACUAUGAAGAUGUGGCGCUGUUUUUAAGAGUCGAUGUAGGGAAAGGGCUUUUUCAUUUCGAUAAUAGCUACAGACCUGUCCCUCUUUCACAACAGUAUAUUGGUGUCUCUGUCAAGAAGCCAUUGCAGAGAUUCCAAUUAAUGAAUGAUCUUUGUUAUGAGAAGGUAAUUGCCGUAGCUGGAAAGCAUCAGACUCUUAUUUUUGUGCAUUCCAGGAAGGAAACAGCUAAAACAGCCCGUGCAAUACGAGACACUGCACUGGCUAAUGACACUCUUGGGAAAUUCCUCAAGGAGGACAGUGCUAGCCGGGAGAUUCUCCAGGAUCAGACUAAUAUUGUCAAAAGCAAUGAUCUUAAAGAUCUUCUCCCCUAUGGCUUUGCCAUUCAUCAUGCAGGUUUGGCGAGGGCUGACCGUGAAAUUGUUGAAGCUCUUUUUGGUGAUGGGCAUAUACAAGUGCUAGUUUCUACUGCAACUCUAGCUUGGGGUGUCAACUUGCCUGCUCACACUGUGAUAAUCAAAGGGACUCAGAUCUAUAAUCCAGAAAAGGGAGCUUGGACUGAACUCAGUCCACUUGAUGUUAUGCAAAUGUUGGGUCGAGCUGGUAGGCCUCAGUAUGAUUCGUAUGGUGAAGGUAUUAUAAUCACAGGUCACAGUGAACUGCAGUAUUAUCUGUCCUUGAUGAAUCAACAACUUCCAAUCGAGAGCCAGUUCAUAUCCAAAUUAGCCGAUCAGUUGAAUGCUGAAGUUGUGCUUGGUACUGUUCAGAAUGCAAGAGAAGCGUGCAAUUGGCUUGGUUAUACCUACUUGUAUGUACGGAUGUUGAGGAAUCCCACUCUUUAUGGUUUAGCAUCAGAUAUUCUUACAAGGGAUAUCACGCUGGAGGAGAGAAGGGCUGAUUUGAUUCAUUCAGCUGCAACAAUUUUGGACAAGAAUAACUUGGUCAAGUAUGACAGGAAAAGUGGAUAUUUCCAGGUUACUGACCUUGGUCGUAUUGCGAGCUACUACUAUAUUACUCACGGCACCAUAUCCACCUAUAAUGAGCAUCUGAAACCAACUAUGGGGGACAUUGAGCUGUGUCGCUUGUUCUCGCUAAGCGAAGAGUUUAAGUACGUAACUGUUAGGCAAGACGAGAAGAUGGAACUAGCGAAGCUUUUGGAACGCGUUCCGAUUCCUGUGAAGGAGAGUCUGGAGGAGCCUAGUGCUAAGAUCAAUGUUCUUCUGCAAGCAUACAUUUCACAGCUGAAGCUUGAAGGCCUGUCAUUGACUACUGAUAUGGUUUAUAUAACACAGAGUGCAGGUCGUCUUCUUCGAGCACUUUUUGAGAUCGUCUUGAAAAGAGGGUGGGCGCAGCUGACUGAGAAGGCUUUGAACUUGUGUAAGAUGGUUAAUAAGAAGAUGUGGAGUGUCCAAACACCCCUUCGCCAAUUCAACGGGAUACCAAAUGAGAUUCUUAUGAAAUUGGAAAAGAAAGAUUUGUCGUGGGAAAGAUACUAUGACCUCACAUCACAGGAGAUUGGUGAACUCAUUCGUUUCCCGAAGAUGGGUAGGAUGUUGCAUAAGUUCAUCCAUCAAUUUCCAAAGCUGAAUCUUGCAGCUCACGUGCAGCCAAUAACUCGAACUAUUUUGAGGGUGGAGCUCACUGUCACCCCUGAUUUUCAGUGGGAUGACAGGGUUCAUGGGUACGUGGAACCAUUUUGGGUAAUUGUUGAGGACAAUGAUGGCGAAUAUAUCUUGCACCAUGAGUAUUUCAUGCUAAAGAAGCAGUAUAUUGAUGAGGAUCACACAUUGAAUUUCACUGUGCCAAUCUAUGAGCCGUUGCCCCCUCAAUAUUUCAUCCGUGUCGUAUCUGAUAGGUGGCUUGGAUCGCAAACUGUUCUUCCUGUCUCUUUCAGACACCUAAUUUUACCGGAGAAGUACCCCCCUCCAACUGAGCUCUUGGAUUUGCAGCCUCUUCCUGUGUCGGCUUUGAGAAAUCCUUCCUAUGAGGCUCUCUAUCAGGGUUUUAAGCAUUUUAAUCCGGUCCAGACACAGGUCUUCACUGUCUUGUAUAACACAGAUGACAAUGUCCUGGUUGCUGCCCCGACUGGGAGUGGGAAGACGAUAUGCGCAGAGUUUGCAGUGUUGAGGAAUUACCAGAAAGGACCUGAUAGCAUCAUGCGAGCCGUCUAUAUAGCCCCUCUUGAAGCAAUUGCUAAGGAGCGAUAUCGUGAUUGGGAGAGGAAGUUUGGUAAAGGCCUUGGCUUGAGGGUUGUGGAACUAACUGGGGAAACAACUACUGAUUUGAAACUCAUCGAGAAGGGUCAAAUAAUUAUCAGUACUCCAGAGAAAUGGGAUGCACUGUCCCGUCGGUGGAAGCAAAGAAAGAAUAUUCAGCAAGUGAGUCUUUUUAUAAUUGAUGAGCUUCACUUGAUUGGAGGCCAGGGUGGUCCAGUGCUAGAGGUGAUUGUCUCCAGGAUGAGGUACAUUGCAAGUCAGAUCGAGAACAAGACCAGGAUUGUGGCCCUUUCAUCUUCUCUUGCUAAUGCUAAAGAUCUGGGGGAGUGGAUAGGAGCUACCUCGCAUGGUCUCUUCAAUUUCCCACCUGGUGUCCGUCCUGUUCCCCUAGAGAUACACAUACAAGGGGUGGAUAUUGCCAAUUUCGAGGCAAGGAUGCAAGCCAUGACGAAGCCAACUUACACAGCAAUAGUUCAGCAUGCAAAGAAUGGGAAGCCUGCCAUUGUCUAUGUGCCCACGAGAAAGUAUGUGAAGGCCACAGCUGAGGACUUGAUGUCGUACUCUGCAGUUGACGGCGGUGAAAAUCCUGCCUUUUUGUUGCGACCCUCCAUAGAGCUAGAGCCUUUUAUAACUAAAAUUCAGGAUGAGACUCUGCGGGUCACUCUAACCUUUGGGGUCGGUUUCUUACACGAGGGAUUGACUGAUUUGGAUCAGGAGGUUGUCUCGCAAUUGUUUGAAGCAGGUUGGAUUCAGGUUUGUGUAGUGAGCAGCUCGAUGUCUUGGGGAGUGUCUCUGUUGGCGCACUUGGUAGUUGUGAUGGGAACUCAGUAUUAUGAUGGGAGAGAAAAUGCUCACACGGACUACCCGGUUGCUGAUCUGUUGCAGAUGAUGGGCCACGCUAGUCGACCGUUGCUCGAUAACUCCGGGAAGUGUGUAAUCCUCUGCCAUGCACCUCGUAAAGAAUACUAUAAGAAGUUUCUCUACGAAGCCUUCCCUGUUGAGAGUCACCUGCACCAUUUCCUGCAUGAUAAUUUUAAUGCUGAAAUAGUCGCUGGAGUUAUCGAGAACAAGCAGGAUGCAGUUGAUUAUCUCACCUGGACAUUCAUGUACAGGAGGUUGACUCAAAAUCCAAACUACUACAAUCUGCAAGGCGUGAGUCAUAGGCAUCUCUCUGAUCAUCUGUCAGAGUUAGUUGAGAACACGUUGAGCAACUUGGAAGCAAGCAAGUGCAUUGCAAUUGAGGAUGACAUGGAUCUUUCUCCCCUCAAUCUUGGCAUGAUAGCAUCUUACUAUUACAUCAGCUACACAACCAUCGAGCGCUUCAGCUCGUCUUUGACUCCCAAGACAAAGAUGAAAGGUCUCCUCGAGAUUCUGGCUUCUGCCUCGGAGUAUGCACAGCUUCCAGUACGACCGGGGGAGGAUGAGAAGCUCCGAAGGCUGAUGAAUCACCAGAGAUUCUCGUUUGAGAAUCCCAGGUACAGUGAUCCUCAUGCAAAAGCCAACAUUCUGCUUCAAGCUCAUUUCUCGAGGCAGACAGUGGGAAAGAAUCUAGCACUCGACCAGCGGGAGAUUCUCCUUUCUGCCAGUAGGUUGCUCCAGGCAAUGGUUGAUGUCAUCUCAAGCAACGGAUGGUUGAACCUUGCACUUCUUGCAAUGGAGAUUAGCCAGAUGGUGACACAAGGGAUGUGGGAACGGGAUUCCGUGCUGCUGCAGCUUCCCCACUUCACACGGGAAUUGGCCAGGAAGUGCUUGGAGAACCCUGGGAAGAACAUAGAGACUCUGUUUGAUUUGGUGGAGAUGGAGGAUGAUGAGAGGCGGGAUCUGCUGCAGAUGUCUGAUCCCGAGCUGCUGGACAUUGCCAAGUUCUGCAAUCGGUAUCCGAACAUCGAUAUGACGUACGAGGUUCAAGGCGGGGAGAAUGUGAGGGCUGGAGAUGAUGUGACCCUACAGGUCGUGCUGGAGAGGGAUCUGGAAGGAAGGACAGAGGUAGGUGCGGUGGAUGCCCCAAGGUACCCCAAGUCCAAGGAGGAAGGGUGGUGGCUGGUGGUCGGUGACACCAAGACGAAUCAGCUGCUGGCAAUCAAGAGGGUAUCUCUGCAGAGGAGACUGAAAGUUAAGCUUGAUUUUGCGGCUCCUGCUGAAGUUGGAAGGAAGAGUUACACGCUCUAUUUCAUGUGCGACUCUUAUCUGGGUUGCGACCAAGAGUAUAGCUUCACGGUGGAUGUUGAAGGAGCAAUGGAAGAUGGCGAAAGAGACUGAAUGGCUGCCAUUUUUGUAUGGCGGCGUGUUAGAGAAAUGUUACGCUAGUUUGGAUUUGAGUGGGAACAUUUUGCGUUCGUAGCUUAAAACAAGAAAGACCUGAGCAUUGGUUUCUUUAUCGUGAUGUGUAAUUUACGCUAUGUAACCUAUCUAAACAUCUGGGCGAAUUGACAGAUGCCCUUGAAUGUAUGCUCUGCUUUAUUUUGUUUUGGUUGGAUGCCGCUGCAAAAGCGUUCUUCUCCUUAUAGCGUCUCUCUUAUUUUCAGUCCACAUAAUUGGCCGCAACGGUAGAGGCUCUACCUACCGCCAUUUUCUGCUUGCAAUCAACAAGCAGUAGCUAUGGAUUCCGAUUUCUGCAUUCCCCCUUUUCAGCUACUCCGAUUUCAGUAUCAGCCGGAGCUCCCUCCCUGCCUUCAGGUUCCUUCCUCCUCUACUCCAUUUGUCAGUACCACUCGCACGUGCAGUCAGUCCUCUGCGAUCUCCCUGUUUCAUGCAAUUUAAUUCCUUACUGUCUGCCUUCUUCCUUCUUUACAAUCCAUGUUAGCUCAGAUCAGCCUUUCCUGAGGAUAGAUCUGCUUAGUGUAACGAAAGCCGGAGAUUGAGGAAGGGUUAGGUGGAGUUGGCACAAGUAGAUCUUGUUGCAGCCAUUGCCUUUUCCCUUCCGUAAAACGAUUACGACUUCUUAUUGCAUUCGGAUCAGAGAAGACUGUUUGUUUUCAGUUCUUUUUCUUAAUUGUUUUUGGGGUCAUGGCUUGUCACAGGGAAGGGAACCACUGUGAGGGUGUAAUUUGGCGAUGGUACCACAGCAGCUGAUCCAGCCUUUAGCCCACUUCCUGAGGGCAACUGCUAAAGUUCCUGAUGCUCAUAUCAUCACUGAACAUCCACCUUACAAGUAAUAUUUCUGUCUUACCUCUAUCAUAUGGGCAACUAUGGUUCUGUUUCAUUCAAUGCAAUCGUCACGUGUUGAAGCUCCGCGUCUUCUAGCCCUACACGGUUGGACUAGUCCUUUGUGGAAGGCAGUCACCAGAUGGACAUAAUGUCAUAUUGGGUGUUCACAAUGCUCUCAAGACUCAUUAUCCUAACAGUGUAUUGCCUGGAUUUCUGGGUAAAUCAUUCUUGUUCAUUUCUUUGAUUUCUGGUUGAGGUUUUGGAGACUAGUACAGUUCAGAAUCAGUCAGUCAGUCAACCAAAAGCUAAGCAUGAUGUAACUGCUCUUGAUGGCUUACCAAAAAAAAUUGUUGGAUGAUGGUUGGUAAUAUUUUUUUUGCCAACAUCACUGUUUGUAAAUUAAUGAUUCUGUGAACG